AUGGAACCAACUCAAACAAUAGACACGUCAGUGCUAGAAAAACUUGCAAGACGGGAGCAGCAAUUAGAACAGCUGCGUAGUGCAUACCUAGAACUACAACAACAACAACAGCAGCCACAACAAUUGCCACAACAACAUAAUCAGUUGGAUCGCAUUUUAAAGAAUGUGUCAUACUUACCAAUAUUUACGGGUGUUGGGGACAUCACCAUAAAUUCAUUUUUGAGCAGUGUGGAGUACUUGUUAUCAACGAUAGGAGAGGAAGGCCUAAAGAAGGAAGCUAUAAAGGCUAUCUACUACCGCAAUAUCCAAAGAGAAGCAAAGAACGUCGUAAUCAACGUACAUCAACCUGAUAAUUGGAUUAUUAUAAAGAAAACACUGAAGCUAAGGUAUAGACCAGACGUGGAGCCACACCAAAUCUACAGAAGGAUAAAUGAACUAAGAGUAAAUAAUGUAAGUGAGCUAGCUGUAGAAUUACAGAAUCUUAAGUAUAAGAGUGAUGAAUUAAGUAUUUAUUAUCAGGACGAUCAUUGCAUAGACUUGACUAAUGUGGAUAGUUUAUUAACGAACAUAGCAAAGGAAAUGACACAGGGAAUAUUAUUAGAUAAGAUAUACGAUGAACGGGAUUUAGGGACCAUAAUAGAUACAAUGACGAAAAGAAGGUACGAGGACAGUUGCAUUAGGCCAGAAUUUAGAAAGUUUCGAGGGACUUUAAAUCGUUCACAGGUAAACAGGUAUAGGAAUAAUAAUAAUAAUAGAAACCAAUUCAACACCAAUUAUAGAUACAAUAAUAAUAUGAAUAAUGAUAAUAAUAGGAAUACUAAUGGUAAUAUGAAUAAUAAUAACGAUAAUGGGAAUAAUAACAUUUCGGGACGAUACAGGAUCCAAAAUGAACUGGGAAACAAUAAUACCGUGGGACAAUUCCGACAAGCGGGAUAUCCCAGGCCUUAUUCUAACCAAGUUCGUUGGAACCCGAAUAGACAGAACCGAAUAGAACCCAUGGAAAUAGAUAAUAUAGAAGUGAAUGUUUGUAAUCCUCAAGUAGCGGGACACCCUAAUCGUAGGUUUGGCCAAGAUCGCUUAAACCUCGAUAGGCAAAGCCAGGAAGGAUUGGAAGUUAAUUAUUGUAAUCCUCAAGUAGCAGGACACCCUAAUCGUAGGUUUGGCCAAGAUCGCUUAAACCUCGAUAGGCAAAGCCGGGAAGGAUUAGAUAUUAACUAUGGUAACUCUCGAGUGGCAGGACACCCUAAUCACACAGUUAGCCAAGAUCGCUUAAUUGUUGAUAGGCAAAGCCCAGAGGGACCAAGAGGUAGUUAUGAAGAAGAAGAUAAUAACAUGUUUUUUAUGAGGCAGCCUCGGAAUGUUUGCCUAAAAUAGAAUUGAAUAUUGAAAA